GAUAAUGUAACAACAUUCAAGAGUACAUUCUAAAAUAAAUACUACGUAUAUUAAUCCAUAAAAGUAGCAUGCAGUGUAGAUCAUAUAUUAGCACAAAACAAUUAGCAGCCAGCAUCAAAAAUGAAGUUAUUGAAUAAUAGAACAAGUAUCUAAGCAAAAUUAAAAAUGAUGGUAUAAAAAGGAGGGUGAGAUACUGAUACUGAAUUAGUGAGAUAUUAAAGGUAAGGUUGGCGGUUAAUUGGAGGAAGAGGUAAGGAAACAAAAAGCAGAUUGACGAGACACGUGGAAGAAGGAAGACCGUUAGAUGAAAACAUGCAAAUAGUACCCGGAUAUUGAGAUGAGGGCAAAAAAAAGUACUCCGUAAGAAAGAAAGAGGGAUUUGCUUGGAAUUGGAAACACCAAACACCAUCCAUCCUUGUUUUUUAAAAUAAAAUAAAUUCCAAAGAUUUGUACUAUUUGUUGAUUAUAAUAAAAGGGGUAAAUUAUAAAUGAUAUGAUCAGCUUUAAGAAGAGAGAGAAAUAAAGGGAGUAGCAGAGUACUAGUGCAGCAGUAGUAGUAAUACUCACAAAGAAAGAAAGAGAAUUGCAGAAACCCAACAAAGAAAGAAAAGAGUAAAAAUUGUUGUUGGGAAGGUGUCUAUGGCGGCGUAGCAGAGCUGUCUCAAUAAAAAUGUCUCAUCUUUCUUCUUAAUGUUUCCUGAUUAGCGCUGCUUCUCUUCUGACUUUCUUUCUCCUUCCAUUUACUUAUUCUAUUUUAUUCCUUCUUUUUUUCUUUGUUUUCUUACACCCUCAUAAACAAACAAACACACCCUAUUAACCAAACAAACAUCCAAAUCCACCCCUUUUUUCACUAAACAGUGAUCUACCCUUAUCUCCCAUUAAUAAUUCUUCAUAUUUGAAAAAGGCUAUGGAGUGUUUGCUUGAGAAAUUGAGGGUAGGGGAGACCAAAUUAUGGCUGAAUUUUUCUCACUAGGAACAGGAAGUAGUGCAGGCAACAAUAACAACAUAACUUACAGGAAUGAGCAAAUCCAUGGUUACCAGCAGCAUGAAACUAAAGUAUCAUCAGAAGAGCUAUGGCAACACCUUCCUUACUCCCAACUAAGAAUCGCACCGACGGAGGAAGGUGGAGAUGAGACCACGAGAUCUGGUUUAAUGAUGAUGAGAAUGACUAGUACAAGUAGUGGUGCCGGUAAUAUUAGCUGCCAAGAUUGCGGCAACCAAGCUAAGAAAGAUUGUGUGUAUAUGAGAUGUAGGACUUGUUGCAAAAGCCGUGGAUUUGAUUGUGCUACUCAUGUCAAGAGUACUUGGGUCCCCGCUACCGUUCGCCGGGAACGCCACCAAAAACUUCUCCAACAACACCCUCAACAACAACAAGAGCAACAACAGCAACAGCAACAACAAUACUUGAGAGGUGUGAAUAACCCAAAGAGGAGAAGAGAGAAUUGUUCAACCUCUUUGGUUUGCACCCAAUUGCCCAUCACUACUACUAAUACUAAUACUGCCUCUUUUUCAGGUAUGGAAGUUGGAAAUUUCCCGGCAGAAGUGAGCUCGUCGGCGGUGUUCCGGUGCGUAAGGGUGAGCUCAGUGGACGAAACGGAUGAUGAGUAUGCAUAUCAAACAGCAGUAAACAUAGGAGGACAUGUAUUCAAAGGGAUUCUGUAUGAUCAUGGAGUUGAUCAUUCUCACCAAGUUAAUACUCCCAGCCCCAACUACGGUGCUGGAGAAACCUCUUCUGGAGCUAACCUUGCUGCUUCCAUGGCUCCUCCCACUUCUAUCUCGGCUAUGCCAACCUCUUCUUCUUCACUGCCAGUCGGCUAUUUAGACCCGUCUUACUACCCGCUUCCUCUCAACACUUACUUGGGUCCGGGUACGCCAUUCUUCCCCAACCCAAGACCUUAGAUUAUUAAUCAACCCAAAUAAACAUACAACUAUAUGCAAUGGAGUUUUCUUAUGUUUCUUGUUAUAUUAUUAGCUCCCUUUCUUUCCACUCUCAAUCUCAUUGAUACGAUUUAGCAAUUUGUGAAAGCUGGUGAUGAUCAUAUCUUAGCUUAUUGAGAAUUGUUUUUAUUAAAGAUAAUUUGAAUAGGUAAAGCCUAGAGCAAGGGAAGAAGAAUACAUGAUAUGGGUUGUUAUUAUAUUGAUUUUGUUUUUGUAUGUCCUCCAUUUAGAAUAUAUAUGAUCUAUUUAAAAUUGUGGUUGUUAUAAAUAAAAAUGUGUAAGAUUGUAUCAUUCUUGCUCUGUAACAACUUUCUAUUGAACACAUGUAUAGUUAGGCAAGCAGCUAGGAUGGUUGAUAGUCAUACUAGUUUGGUACCAAUUCUUUGUUCUGAGUUUCAAAGUUGACUUGAACUUGAAAAUGUUAUUGCCUACAUACGUAGUUUUUCAAUGUUUACUCUAUUGAUGAUAGUUACGUAAUCCCAUGUCAACUCCCUUUAGUAGCAUCACUUUAGCUUAAUUGACUGCUCUUGUAUACUUUGCACCUCUGUAUACUGGAAUUACUGAUCAUAUAGCAUCGUAAAGCCCUUUCUUAGCUUAGCUCUCAUAUGAUAAUUAAUGCUUUUGUCACAACUCUUAAUUAAUACUCCGUUUUAGGCUUCGUUCUAUGUACGUUCUAUCUCAACCUGAUUUAUGAUGUAAAAUGAUCUUGUUAGCCUUUAGUAGAACUUAUUUGAAUUUGUAUGUAUUCCCAAAACUUAUUUUUCUAAGUUGAAUAAUAAUAAUGAGUUUCUAUUAGUGCAUGAUGGUUUAAAACAAAUCUGAAUUUAUAUAUACAUUCCUACAACUUAAUUUUGCAAGUCAAAACAUGGAAAUAUGUUUCUACUAAUGCAUGAUGAUCAUAGAUGAUGAAUGCCUUCUUAAA